UCGAGAUUGUGCACCGCCAACUGCUUAUAGGACCGGAGGUGGGAAAACACGAGACUGUGAGAUGGAGUCAGUGAGUCAGUGAGUCAGUCAAUAAACACACACACACACACACUACAGAGAGCAUGUGCACGAGAACUACACAUCGCACAAUGGAUACGUUUCUUAGCACCGUCUGCUACACGAUUUCCUACAUUUUGGCGGUUAUGACGGCAGUAACAGCGGAAUGUCCGCAGACUGCUCUGAAGCAGGCCCAGCUGUGUACGGCCAGUCUCGGGAUCGGUCCGCCCCAGACCAGCCAGCCUAGCGCGUUCGUUGCUAUGGGCAAAGUGGAGACGGCGAAGAAAGCAUGCAGAGAACGCGAGCUUCACAAGGCGGUGGACUGUUUACAGGUGAUCUCAGACAAGUGUACAGGGAACACGGAAAGAGAACACAUACUGCGAAUGAUGGUCGACGUACAGAACACAAGACGUAGUGUGGAGUAUUUCUGUAAUCAUUUACCUGUAUACGAAGCUCACGCGGAAUGUAUAGCAGAACAGCAUCACCAACAGGAAUUGUGUGCAAGAAACGUCAAGAAAAACUUCGAAACAAAGGUCAAGGCUACGUCAAAUGUGGACGUGAUGAUGACGUCUACAUGUCGAUUUUUCCGCGCUGCUGUCACCUGCUCUGAGAAAAUACUCAAAUGUAAGUGCGGGGAAGCAGCAGCCGACAUCGUGGUCAACAUGCUGAACGGAUUUCAGCCUCCGAAAUGCCUCGAAAUGGAGGCAGACCCCAACUACAAGGUCGCCGAGAUAGACGCCACCACCACGGGCUGCGGAGCGGCGGGAUCAAUGCAGACGAUAUCGGAAACGAGCGUAUUCGUGUUUCUGUGCAUACUUCUACAGUGUGUCUUGUUCAUUAACCUGGACUUAGACUUUGACCUAAACAUUCAGUUCAAUAGGUGAAGGUAGCAAUAGGUUCGUUUAAGCCAUCUAAAAGAGGCAAGAUGGAUGCCAUUCAUCAUUUUUUUUUUUGAUAGUGGCCUGGACUGUCGAGUGACUAAUGGAAAUGAUUUUUAACAGGGCCGUACCUGCCUACUGGGUGGGCGGUGGUGGGCCGGUUGCUACCUCCCAAAAAGAUACAAACAAUAUGCCGUUUAUAGUUUAAAAGUGCCCUUUGUGUUUUAACUACAAAAAACCCUAUGCUAUUAUGCCCUGAUUCUGUUUUUGUCUUACUGCCCAUCACCACUACCCCACUCCGCCGUUAAGGUAGGCUAGGUUCGACCCUGUUUGGGGAAUGUUGUGUUUGGCUACUUGCCUUUUUGACUGUGAUAAAAACAAGUUCAUGUAUACGUGUGUAUAGCAAAAUUCAUUUUCAGUUAUAAGAAAAAGUAAAAAAACCCACACCAAAAACAACCCAACAACAACAGAGGGCGCCCAUAGGGACUACGCCCCUCCCCCUCCGCCAAUCACGGCUCCUUUUUCCCCCACCGGGUGAUAUAUUUUCCUGUCUCCCCAUAACAUGCCUAAUAGAGAGCAUGAUUGCCUCCUCCCUCUCCCCGCAAUGCCCUUCCUCCCCCGCCCCCAAUAAAAUCCUGACAAUGCCAAUGUAAUUAGGUCACAGAUAUUAAGGUAUUAAUUACUGUCUGGAUAUCUCUCGUUCUGAAUAGAUAUGAAUCGAUCCAAAAUGCACGUGGGAGCCACCAGCCUGCUGGCAUAUCACCAAAGCUAUCAAAACUAUAAAUUACAUAAAUUAAUGGACCGAUCCCGUACGUAAUGCACCUUGUUUUGUGAACAUCUGGUGCUAUUAAAGACGCAAUAUCGGGAUUUUUAAAAAAUAUAUGUUAUAUUUUAUCCAGUAAUAUUUUUACCUGUAUAGUUUCUUCAGUAGGUAUUAUUGAUGAGCACAAUAUUACAACUGACGUCUACUGUUUAUAGGAAGGAAAGAAUUUUUUUUUUUUUUUUUUUUUAAUGACGCACUCAUCAUAUUUCAAUUACGGUUAUAAAUAUGGCGUCGGACGUUAUGGUUAAGGGAGAGGAAACCCGUUGCAAUUGGCUACUCUUUCCGAUUAGCAGCAAGGGAUAUUUUAUCACACAGAUAGGAGUGUGUACCCACACCACAGCCUUUGUUACAUCAGUUGUGGAACACUGGCUGGAACGUGAAAUAGCCCAAUGGGCCCCAACGACGGCGAUCGAUGCUGGACCGACCACUCAUCAGGCAAACGCUUUAUCACCGAGCUACGUCCCUCCCCAACUCUUUAUAGUUUUCAGGGGGGAAAAGAGACUUGGAUUCGAGAACACUUAAAAUUAUGCUUUUUUACGAUUAUGGUUGCCAUCGAUGCUGCCGUUAUCAAACGAUUUUAUGAUAUAGCCUAGACUUAUGUUACUUGUUCAUGUAGCUUACUUUAUUUUCUGUAUAUAAAUACAUUUUAGAAAUUACAUAAUAUGUAUUGUAAAAUGGGAUGGGAGUGGGAUUUGUACUGGAGUUGACAAGCUCAUAUGAAUUCUUAAGCGCGUACGGACUUAAUAUACGUAUCAAGUAUCGGUACGUAACAAGACAUUUAUGCUAGGAACAGACUACCAACUGCCAGCACAAAGUUGACCAACGUUCUGCUAUGACGACUUCUACAACUGUCCAGUUGCUAGUCCGGGCGCUCUUACAACUCGAGUCUCGUCAUAUAACCCAUUAGUUAUUAAUCUUAGAUCAUCCGUUUAAGUCGGGAGUUGGGAAAAUUAGAACGCAACCGUCGCAUUGGCCAACUUCAUCGUGACAGUUGACAGUCUGAUCCUAGCAAUAUCUUGACAGUCUGUGCAAAAUGUCAACAUUGUAUCACGACUGAUAACGAAAACUUAAUGAUUAAUUCAAAUGGCAUUUGUGUGUUGCAUUUAAUAAAUUAGUGCCUUGAAAUAAGUCGAUGUUCCCUUUAGUAGAAAAUACUUCCACCAAGACUGUACAAAUUAGUGGAUCCUUUAUUGUUGUUGUAGAUUUUCUGGUAGUUUAUAGUUAAGUCCCUGUUUUUCGGGGGUGGUGUGUGGGAGGUAUUAAAUACUUUAAUAAGAGAAAUUUCCUAAACGGGAAUUUCUUGACCAUAAGUGUAAGAGUCACCGUUGGCUUCUUUAUUAUUAUUUUUUUUUUUUUUUUAAAUUAUUAUUAUUCAUUCAUUUAAUAUUUUGUGUAUAUUUUUCAGCAUUUUAAAUAUAUUUGUUUCAUUACUAUUAUUAUUAUUUUACAUUUUUAUGUGUAUGUAAUUGUAUAUGUAUAUGUAUAUGUAUGCGCAGUUACGUAUGAGUAUGGAUAUGGGUUAAUUUGUUUAAUGUGAAUCACUUGGUGUAUAAUUAUAUUUGAGUGUUCGGGGGGGGGGGGGGGGGGGAUGUUACAUUAGAU